CUAAACUUUGAAAUAGGAUAAAGAAAAAUGAGAAGUAUUAAUGGGAGGGUAUACUUUUUUAAACUUUAUUUACCAGCCAACAACGACUACACAUACACCCGGGAUUUAUGAGAUGAUUCAGUAUUUAUUCUCCCAAUCUCUUCUCACUUGUUUACGCCAUUCCAAGAUUUGAGCUUUUUUUCUUAGUCUGAAUGGGGAGAUAUGAAAGGGCAUUCUUGGCGGUUUUGUUGGCGGUGGUUUUGUGCUUGGUGGGAGAAGCUGGUGCUGGGGAUGCUGCAAAGUACAAGGACCCAAAGCAGCCAGUGGAAGAUAGGAUCAGAGAUUUGAUGGAAAGGAUGAGUCUUGCUGAGAAGAUUGGUCAGAUGACUCAGAUUGAGAGGAAUGUUGCCACUCCUGAUGUCAUGAACCAGUCCUUCAUUGGGAGUGUGUUGAGUGGAGGAGGAAGUGUGCCUAAAAAAAACGCGAGCGCUAAAGAUUGGACAGCCAUGGUGGAUGAGCUUCAGAGAGGGGCGCUUUCGACCCGCCUCGGAAUUCCUAUGAUUUAUGGGAUUGAUGCAAUUCAUGGGCACAAUAAUGUCUACAAUGCAACCAUUUUCCCUCACAACAUUGGGCUUGGUGUAACCAGGGAUCCAGAACUAGUGAAAAAGAUUGGAGCAGCAACUGCACUUGAAGUUAGAGCAACAGGAAUCCCCUAUGCCUUUGCUCCUUGCAUUGCAGUUUGUAGGGAUCCGAGAUGGGGACGGUGUUACGAAAGCUAUAGCGAGGAUUAUAAGAUUGUGCAGAUGAUGACUGAGAUUAUACCUGGUUUACAAGGAGAUGUCCCUUCUAAUUACACCCCCGGAGUUCCCUUUGUCGCCACCGGAACGAGCAAAGUUGCAGCGUGUGCAAAGCAUUUUGUGGGAGACGGUGGCACGAACAAGGGGAUAGAUGAGAACAAUACAAUAAUAGAUAUGAAGGAUUUGUACAGCAUUCACAUGCCUGCAUACUAUGAUUCAAUCAACAAGGGUGUUUCUACUGUUAUGGUUUCCUACUCAAGUGUGAAUGGCAUUAAGAUGCACGCAAACCGUGAACUUGUCACAGGCUUCCUCAAGGAGAAGCUCAAGUUCCAGGGAUUUGUGAUAUCAGAUUGGCAAGGCAUUGACAGGAUUACUAGCCCGCCAGGCGCAAAUUAUACGUAUUCUGUACAAGCUGGGAUUCUUGCAGGCAUUGACAUGGUGAUGGUCCCGCAGGAUUUCAAAGAUUUCAUUGGUAACUUGACUGAUUUGGUGAAUAAGAAAGUGAUCCCGAUGAGUAGGAUCGACGAUGCUGUUACGAGGAUACUAAGGGUCAAGUUUUCCAUGGGUCUCUUUGAGAAGCCAAUGUCUGAUCCUAGCUUGGCCAACCAACUCGGAAGCCAGGAACAUAGAGAGUUAGCUCGACAAGCAGUAAGGAAAUCGUUAGUGCUUCUGAAGAAUGGAAAAAAUGCCACCUCCCCUCCGUUGCUUCCCCUUCCUAAGAACGCGACAAAGAUUCUUGUGGCCGGGACUCACGCGGACAACUUGGGAUACCAAUGUGGAGGCUGGACCAUUGAAUGGCAAGGCCUUGGGGGAAACAACCUCACUGUUGGAACCACCAUUUUAUCUGCGAUCAAUAAAACCGUUGGUCCCUCAACGCAAGUGGUGUAUCAAGAAAGUCCAGACGCGGACUAUGUCAUGUCCAACAACUUCUCACACGCCAUUGUGGUCGUGGGCGAGAACCCGUAUGCGGAGAUGUUCGGCGACAGCACGAACCUCACCAUAGCGGGGACGGGUUACGCCACCAUGGACAAUGUGUGUGGGGUAGUCGAGUGUGUGGUGGUCGUGAUCUCGGGCCGCCCCGUGGUGAUCGGGCCCCACAUUGCGAAUGUGGGUGCCCUAGUCGCGGCGUGGCUGCCCGGAACAGAAGGACAAGGGGUUGCUGAUGCCUUGUUUGGGGAUUUCGGGUUCACGGGCAAACUUGCACGGACAUGGUUCAAAUCGGUUGAUCAACUGCCGAUGAACGUGGGGGACGCGCAUUACGACCCGUUGUUCCACUUCGGGUUCGGGCUCAUGACGGAGCCCGUGAAGUCCUAAAAUGGAUGGGCAGCACGUGUAAAGAUACUUUCUAUAUAUAGUAGUGUCUUUUCUAAACGCUCUUUUUUGGUUAAUUUUUUUUUUCUAUACAAGGCUUCAAAACCUUUACUCCAUUCAUGUGUCCAUUAAAAGUGUAGUUGAAAU